GGAGAUCUUUGUGGUUCUCCAUCUUUGCUCCCCUUUUUCUCUUCUCUUCUCCUCUUUCUUGCUUCCACAAUAUUCUUCAUAUACAUAAACCCAACCUACUCUUUGAUUUUACCCUACCUUUUGUCAAAAGGGUCUCUCUUUUUUUCCCCAAAUUUCGCAUCUUUUGUUCUUGAUUUCCUCCCACUCUUCGAAUUUCGUCGAUUGGGUUCAGUUUUAUGCACACGAACAUAUGGAGACUUGAAGGGAGACGAAAAAGGAUGUGGAUUGUGAAACUCAAAGACAAGAAUCAGAUUGUUGGUUGAAUUUCGAUUUCCAGUGAAGAGAAGGCGAAGGAGUCGUAUUUCUUUGAGUUUUGUGGUAGUAUCCGUUUGUUAGUUCGUUUUCCACAAGGGGUUUUGAAGAUUCCCCUGAAUUUCUUCAGCCAUGGGAACCAAAAUCAAAGGGGUGUUUAAAGGUUUCAAGUUCAUCUCCCAAAUCUUUGUUAUGAAGGAACGUGAGAUGGAGAUUGGUUAUCCAACUGAUGUUAAACAUGUUGCUCAUAUUGGUUGGGAUGGAUCCUCAGGCAGUGCUCCUUCUUGGAUGAAUGAAUUCAAGACAGCUCCAGAUUUUGCAGCAACUUCCAUUGGUAAUUCUGGUUCUGCUCUGUCCACAUGGUCAUCUCAAGAUUUUGGAGAAGCAAUGGGAAGACGACAUACGGAUGAUACAAUAAACGAUCUACCACCCAUAGACCUUCCGAAUAUACCCAAAAAACAAAGGCGUAGAAAGUCUAAAUCCACAUGCUCCCCGAAGUCAUCCUCUUCAUCGAAGUCAUCUCGAAAGGCAAAGGCUAACAUAGAGAUCGUUUAAAGUGAACCCCGGAAACCGAGAACCGAUUCCGAUCGUUUGACGACCGAAGUUUUUGAAAGGUGAUUAAAGAUGAUAUGGUGUGAGAAGAAAGUUGGGGGAUAUAAUGAAAUUUUCAUGUGGGUGUGACUUUUGCUUGGGAGAUGAAACCUUUCUUGUUAUUUUUAUUUUAUUAUUUUUUUUCUUAUUUUAUUAUUUGUUUUUAUUUUUAAUUUUGUCCCCUUUGGGAAUAUACAACAAGGAAUCAACAUGUAAAAAGUUAGAUUCUUUAGUUGUGAUGUUGGAAUAGUAAUCUAGCUUUUGAAAUGAUAACAUGCUAUUUGUUUGUA